AUGGGAAUCAAGAUCCUUCAGGUAAAUCUACAGCACAGUAAAGCUGCUUCAGCUGUACUCUGUAGACGCUUUUUCGCGGAAGAAUUUCACGUGGCUCUGACACGGGAACUCUGGAUUUGUAUGGGUAAAACAGCAGGGCUUUCCAUAGCAGUAGUCAACAUUUCUUACGUUAAUAAUGCUAGAUCCUGUAUUGUUGCACGCAUCAAUGAACACAGUAUUCCUGUUCUGGAAUUCUGUUCCAGGGAUCUCUCCACAGUCAGGCUGACUGGGGCUGGAGCUGAACGAACUUUCUUUAUUACAUUAUCAUAUCUGCCGUAUGAUGAUGUGGAUUCCACGCCCUCCAGAGAGAUCACCUUGGUAGAUCAUGUUAGGAGGAGCGGUUUGGAGUUGGUGAUUGGCCCUGACGCUAAUUUACACAAGGAGGCGUGGGGCAACACCAACACAAGCAGUAGAAGCAAGUCGAUCCUGGAGUAUAUAAUAUCCCGCAAUCUGGUUAUUGUAAACGUGGGUAAUGUUCCCAAGUCUGGCAUGCGGACGCGUAAGGAGGUGAUAGAUGUGACCAUGAUGACAGGGGGUAUGGUUGAUCGGAUACACGGCUGA